AUGAACAGGCCGUCCCCUUCCUCUUUCGUCCAGAUAUCACGGAUCUCCAUCUUUACCUCCACAACCUGCCUUGCCCUCUCCCCCACAACCCCGCUCUCGGCCUCCGCUUCAGUCUGUUCAUUUAAUUCCCUCAUCACUCUCACACACUUUCGCUCGUCUAAUUUACCACCCCUUGCCGUCAUGGGCAAGAUCGCUGAUCCCCUCCUCAAGCUCCGCUGCGUCCAUUGUGGAAACACUGAAACUCCACUUUGGCGUGCAGGCCCUGACGGACCGAAGACGCUGUGUAAUGCAUGUGGAGUCCGCUACAAGAAGGGCAAGCUCACAAUUUUUAGAGAUAAAGAUGGCAACCUCACCGCCGUGAAACAGGAAGACACCCUCCCCGUCCACGUACCUCCAGCCCCCAAAAAGUCAAACAAGAAGCUUCAACAGCAUCAUGCCCCAGACCCUCCGUCCAAGUCAGACCACUCCCACCCAUCCUCCCCAUCAGAGCCCGCUGUGAGACGCCCAGUCCGCAAAGUCCCCACAGAGGGCGUCUUCACCGCAGCUCUCGCGAAGAAGCCUCGCUCCAGGUCGCGCCGCACCAAUGCUGGUCAGCUUCCCGGUCGCUACUCGUCUAAGUCCCUUCCAGAUGACGUUGCUCAAUGGCAUUCUCCACUCACUUCUCCGAAGAGCUUUUCCUCGUCCCCUGCCCAAAGCCCUAGAAAUGAUGGUGGUGUAUGUUUUCAACUAGCGAGAGGAGCCUCGGCUCUUAAAAUUGAUGACCCUUUGCCAUACCAUUGCGAUCCCUCCGAUGAGGCCCUAUUUCCGGACGUCUCAUGCCUUGGCAUCGAUUCAGGUGACGAUGAUCGCACCACUGUAAAAUUACUACCUAUGGAUGCCGACCCCUCAUCAGCAGAGCAAUUCAGCUUUGCUUUUGGCGAGCUAGGCAACAACGCCUCAGUUAACAUCGGCCUCCCCGAUCGAGUCAAGGCAUUGCGAGGACUCGUUUUGGAUCGCACGCGAAAAGUUUCCGCUCGCUACGAGUCAACCGUUGUAGGCCUGUGUCGUCUCUGUGAGGAACGCUGCCUUCGCUCCUGCUCUAACGGAAAUGGCCAGCCUUGGACCCUUGAGGACUGCAAGAACUAUGUACGAUGGUUUUCUCAAGAGCAAACCGUCGGGUUUGUCGCUAACAAGAACUCGUCAUGCAACCCAGGAAUCAGCUUAAGUGAUUCCGAUGAGAUGGACAUCACUGCCGGAUUCAUGCUUCCGGAGAAAACAGCAUAUACCUCGGCCGUUGAAAAUCUGAAGGCCUUGAUGGAUAGCAGUGAGCUGGCUGGAUUUGCGGAAGCGUGCAUGAUUGAAUUGCUUUGUGAGGAUGUGGCAGCUGCUCUGUCGAAGGGGGUCUUUGCUGGUAAAUGCGCAGGGGUGCACUUCCGCCUAGCCCAGUCGUCCUUCCCCAGCAAUUCCAUCGCCGUCCGUGGAUAAAAUUGCGCCUUGGGGGCAUCUUCGAAUUGAAACGAGUUGCACACUUGCCUGUCUAGAAGCGAAAAUUGGAGGCGACUUCAGAGGAACAAACGCGAAGCCACUGUUCGAUUGUACUCAUCCAGUAAACAAGCUUCUACUACCAUUUUCAUCUAUUCUUGUAUCUGCUUCUGUUAAGUCUGAUUACAUCAGGGCUUCAGUGUGAUUUUUCCGCCUCACCAUCGUUGAAACCCAGGCAAUCAGCCAACAGAAAGCAGCAGGGGGUAUUUGGUAUUAAUCCCGUGUCUUUAGGCAUGUCUGCUAAGUUGCCUCGUCCAGUCUCUUGAAGCGAAAGUCGUUAUCUAGGUGAGAAUGUGUGGGCGUACCUGCAGAUGCAGAUUUCGACAUUGCGAAACGGGAGUUGCCUUUCGCGUCACCCUGCGCGUAGUUUCCGCACUUAACCGAGAUCUACGAAUCAGUAAUUUCUUUUGUUCAGUAGAUGUAAUUGUCUGAACGCCAAGCCAGCUCAAGAGA